AAAAUUUAAGUAAGCAGCAUAAAACCUUUCUUGGUGCAUAAAAUUAGAAAUUGCUAUAUAUUAUAAUUCUGUGCGCGUAAAAUAUAAUAUAGUAUUUUAUAAAAUGUUAUAAAAAAUGUAUUGAAAAAUGUACGCGACAUCUGAUUCUAUCGAUUGACAGAUUAGAUCGAUUUCUGUACAUCAGUCAGCGGCUUUUAGGUUAAGAUUAUAAUCCAAGUUUUAAUCAUAUUUUCAAUCAAAUUACGAUGAAUUUUUGAACAUUAUUAGGAAAAAGACAUUUUUACAUAUAAAAAAAUGGCGAUGUCUUUUUGCGGAAGGAUUGUUUCAACGCAGCGGAAUUUUUUAAAAAUUCCAAAACGGCACGGAUACAUAGUCCUACUUCCAGAGAUAGGCGAAGAAUCGUCAGAGAAAAAUCCGCUACUGAAGGAUGAUAAUUUACCGGAAUUUAACACAAUUACAAUUGAAAAAUGCAUAGCAGCAAUUGGAAAACAAACUGUCGAGUUUGAGGAAAAAAUGAAAAGCUUGGAAAAGAUGGAAACAAAAAAAGAUUUAGAUGUAUUUAAAGAUUGGAUACAUCCAAUUGAGGAUACAUAUCUUCCAUUAGAAACCACUUGGGGUACGGCAAAAACUUUGUAUUUUGGCAAUCAAAGUUUGAUGCCAACAAAAUAUUAUAUGAGUAUUCACGAACGUGCCACAAGAGCUAUAGCUAGCAAAUAUGGCAGCGUACCACUCUUUAAAGCUUGCGAGGAAGCUCUUGAUAAUAAAAAUCUCAAAUUGACACACUCACAGAAAAGAGUGUUAACCAAAUAUGUGUUGGAGGGAAGAUUGAAUGGUCUACAACUGCAAGAUAAAGAAUUUGAGAAGUACAAGGAUGACUUGAUGUAUAUUUUAUCGAAAUGUAGAGAAUAUAAAUCCAAAUAUGAGAGUUCUACAGCUGCUUACAGUAUGACAAUACAAAACAAGGACAUUGUGAUAGACUUUCCAGAGGACUUUGUUAGAUCUAUUGCGAUUGAUCCCACGCGACCUUUCACAGGUCCUUGGAAAAUCACUUUAAAGCCAUAUAUCCUGAAACCAUUUAUGGAAUAUUGUCCCGAUCGCGAAUUAAGAGCAGCAGUCUGGGAUGCCGAUGUCAUUCGAUGCUCCACUUAUCAGGAAUGGUCCGUUCAAGCGAGCGUGACGUUGGAGGAACUUCGAGGCAGGAGAAUCGAGCAGGCGAAACGAUUAGGAUAUAAACAUUUUACAGAAAUGAGUAUGGAGACAAAGAUGGCUGGAAAUCUGGAAAAUUUAUAUAACACACUGGAAACUCUUCGAAAUACUGCGCUACCUGUCCAGAAGCAGGAAAUUGCAAGUUUGACAGAAUUUGCAAAUGAAAGAGGCUUUAAUGAUAAUCUAAGAGUGUGGGAUAUUGCAUACUGGAGUAGAAAACAACGUCGUAGCAUGUCUAAUUGCGAUGAGAAUGAAUGGAGAUCGUACUUUCCGCUGCCAACCGUCUUGUCAGGUCUCUUCGAGCACAUCGAGACGCUGUUCAACGUGAAAAUCGUGGAGAGUAAGAGAGCGGAUAUUUGGCACAAGGAUGUUCGAUUUUUCGACAUAUUUGACUUGAAAGAAUCUAGCGCGGUGCCCAUCGCGAAUUUUUAUCUGGAUCCUUAUGCAAGAGGUGCGGAAAAAUAUCGCAAGGAACAGGAUUCGGGAUGGAUGUCGACGAUUAAGAGCAAAAGCAAAAUUUGCAAUAGUACUCCAUUGAUCGCUUUAAUCUUUAAUUUUCCACCGCCAGUAGGCGACAAACCUUCUCUACUCUCCUUCAAGGAUGUACAGAUUCUUUUCCAGAAGUUUGGACAUGCCUUGCAACAUCUCUUAACCACAGUCGAGUAUUCGGACAUCGCUGGAUUGUCAUUCGUGGAAUGGGAUGCGGUGUUUGUUUGUGACUAUUUUAUGGAAAACUGGUUAUACGAACCAUUUAUGUUACAAAAAAUCAGUGGACAUUAUGAAACAAAACAGCCAUUGCCAAUUGAAAUUAUUGAGGAAAUUAGAAAAAUGAGAUUGCACUUUGCUGGCUACAAACUAUGUAAAGAGCUUUAUUUGUCGCACUUGGAUCUAGAGCUGCAUUCCAGUGGAACAUUUUGGGUACCAAUGAUGAAACGUCUGUGGCCAAUGUAUUUUGCGUUACCUCUUGAAAGAAGGGAUGUUCACGUUUGUUCCUUCGAAGCUAUAUGGAGCGGAAAUUGGGCGGCUGCAUAUUUCAGUAAGAUUUGGUCCGAAAUGAUUGCUGCCGACUUGUAUACGGCUUUCCAAGAAAUAGAAUUCGAUGACAAAUUGGGGCAGAAGGAGAUGGGCACGAGGUUCCGCGAUACAUUCUUGUCCUUGGGCGGCAGUUAUCCUGCCGCCGAGGUGUUCAGGAUGUUCAGAGGUAGAGAUCCGAGCCCGCAAGCGUUGCUGGACAAUCUCGGAUUAACCGCACGAGCAAUUAAAGAAGCCAAGUGAUAUGAUUAGGUAAUUGGAGAUUGAUAUUAUUUAGUAAAGUGUAAAGGAGCGAAAUUUUGUAUAGUACCUCGGAAAUAGAAGAAUUGAUUGAUGUAAACUCGUCGAAUAAAAAAAAAAUAUAUGUAAUAAAUUAUUACUUAUAAGAU